AUGGAGCCUUUUCAACAUGUUAGCAAAAUUCAGCAGUACAGGAGGAGAAUUGGAAUGCCUUAUGCAAAUAGUAACUGCAAUGGAAAAAUCUGGUUUUUUGUAAAUGAAAAUGUGGAUGUGGAGAUUUUACAGGACACUACGCAACAAAUCACUGUAAAGCUUUAUUUUCAGCAGUUUGACAAGCACAUGGUGACUUCUUUAGUUUAUGCUAAAUGUGAUUCCAUAGAAAGACUAGCUCUUUGGGAUAGUUUAUAUUGCUUGGCUGAUGGUAUGAUAGAUCCUUGGCUCAUUAGGGGUGAUUUUAAUGUCAUUUUGAAUGAGGAAGAGAAAAUUGGUGGAUUGCCUGUUCUUCCACAAGAGUAUGAAGAUUUUGCAUUCUGCAUCAAUUCUUGUGAUCUUACUGAGAUAAGCUUUAAAGGAAGUCCUUUUACCUGGUUGAAUGGGAGAGUAGAUAGGGAAUGCAUUUUUAAAAGGUUGGAUAGGAUGUUAUCUAAUGAUCACUUGCUGAAUUGGUUCGGUCAUCUUGAGGUGGAGCAUUUGUCCAGAACUGGCUCAGAUCAUGCACCUAUGCUUCUUUCUUGCAAUGAUCAGACUCAGCAUUUUGUUAGGCCUUUCAAGUUUCUUAAGUUUUGGACUGAACAUGAGGAUUAUAAAGAGGUUGUGAGGCAGACUGGAUAUCGGAGGAUUCACAAAAUGUUUUGUUUCUUUCAAGCAGAAGAUGAAGCAAGUAAAAAAAACUUUAUCAACUUGGAGUAA